AUGAUGCUCAGUCUGAAGGUUACUUUAUUCUUAACCUUGUACCUCUUGCAGGGGGUGAAAAGCUCAAUGAUCAAUUUGAACAACAAUGGAUAUGAUGGCAUGGUCAUUGCAAUUAACCCCAGUGUGUCAGAAGAUGAAAGACUCAUCCAAAAAAUAAAGGAAAUGAUAACUGAAGCUUCCACUUACCUGUUUGAGGCCACCAAACGAACAGUUUAUUUCAGGAAGGUCAGCAUUUUAAUCCCAAUGACCUGGAAGUCAAAACCUGAGUACUCACUUCCAAAACAAGAAUCCUAUGACCAAGCAGACGUCAUAGUUGCUGAGCCUUAUGUGAAGUAUGGAGAUGACCCCUAUACACUGCAAUAUGGACAAUGUGGAGAGAAAGGACAGUACAUACAUUUCACUCCAAACUUCCUACUGAGUAAUAACUUACCUAUCUAUGGACCCCGAGGCAGAGUGUUUGCUCAUGAGUGGGCCCAUCUCCGGUGGGGGGUGUUUGAUGAGUAUAACUUGGACCAGCCCUUCUACAUGUCCUCAAAGAACACCAUAGAAGCAACAAGAUGUUCCACGAAUAUUACUGGCAGAAAUGUGGUCAAUGAAUGCCAAGGAGGCAGCUGUAUAACACGGUCAUGCAGACAUGAUUCCAAAACAGGACUUUUUGAAGCCAAGUGUACAUUUAUCCCAGACAAAUCCCAGAUUGCCAAAGACUCCAUAAUGUUCAUGCAAAGUUUUGAUUCUGUGACUGAAUUCUGCACAAAGGAAACACACAACACGGAAGCUCCAAACCUGCAAAACAAAAUGUGCAACCACAGAAGCACGUGGGACGUGAUCGUGGAGUCUGCGGAUUUUCAGGGUGCCUCUCCCAUGGCAGGGGCCAAAGCGCCGCCCCCUCCGACGUUUUCACUGCUCAGGUCCCGGCCACGAGUAGUCUGCCUGGUACUAGAUAAAUCUGGAAGCAUGGGCUCAGAUCAACGUCUCAUUCGAAUGAACCAAGCAGCAGAACUGUACUUAAUUCAAAUCAUUGAAAUGGGAUCUUUGGUUGGGAUGGUCACAUUUGAUAGUACCGCUACCAUCAAAGCUAAUCUAGUAAGAAUAAUUGAUGACAGUGCCUACCUAAAGAUCACUGCAAAUCUGCCUCAACAAGCUGAUGGUGGGACUUCAAUUUGCAGCGGACUCAAAACAGGAUUCCAGGCAAUUACUUCCAGUAACCAGAGUACGUCUGGUUCUGAAAUCGUAUUACUAACAGAUGGGGAAGAUAGUGGUAUAAGGUCAUGCUUUGAGAUGGUUAAACAAAGUGGUGCCGUCAUUCACACCAUUGCUCUGGGACCUGAUGCUGCCCAAGACCUGGAAGUCUUGUCAAACAUGACAGGAGGACAUCGUUUCUCUGUUAUUAAAGACAUAAAUGGCCUUACUGAUGCUUUUAGCAGGAUUUCAUCUAGAAGUGGCAACAUCUCUCAGCAGGCUCUUCAGUUGGAGAGUAAAGCCUUGAAUAUCUCAGGGAAGGAAUGGAUAAAUGGGACAGUGCCUGUGGACAGUACCAUUGGCAAUGACACUUUCUUUGUUGUUACCUGGACAACACCACCAAGCCCAGAAAUUAUUCUUCAAGAUCCAAAAGGAAAAAUUUAUAAAACUUCAGAUUUCAAAGUAGAUCAGCUAAACAUUCAGUCAGCUCGACUUCGAAUACCAGGCAUUGCAGAGACAGGUACUUGGACUUACAGCAUUGAAAACAAAGGUCUCAAACCUCAGUUGCUAACACUGACAGUGACCACUCGAGCAAGAAGUCCUUCCACCCUCCCUGUGAUCACAACUGCACACAUGAGUCAAAGUGCAGCACAUUACCCCAGCAAAAUGAUUGUUUAUGCACGAGUCAGCCAAGGGUUUUUGCCUGUCCUGGGAGUCAAUGUAACAGCCAUUAUAGAAACCGAAGACGGUCAUCAAGUCACCUUGGAGCUCUGGGACAACGGCGUAGGUGCUGACACAGUCAAACACGACGGCAUCUACUCAAGAUAUUUCACAGAUUACCAUGGGAAUGGUAGAUACAGCUUAAAAGUGCAUGCCCAGGCAAGAAAAAGCUCAGCUAAACUAAGUGUAAGGCAACAACCAAACAAGUCGCUUUAUAUACCUGGCUAUGUUGAAAAUGGUGUAAUUACGCUGAAUCCACCCAGACCUGAAGCUCCCCAGGAAGAGGGGGAAGUGCAGCUGGAAGACUUCAGCCGCACCGCUUCCGGCGGGUCGUUCACCGUGUCUGGAGCGCCCCCUAAUGUCCGUCCCGCUCAUGACUUCCCACCCAGUAAAAUCACAGACCUUGAGGCUGGGUUUAAAGGAGACUAUAUUCAACUAACGUGGACUGCCCCUGGCAGUGUCCUGGACAAAGGGAGAGCUGAUAGCUACGUUAUCAGAAUAAGUAAGAAUUUCCUGGCUCUCCAAAAAGAUUUUCACAAUGCUUCAGUAGUGAACACAUCUAGUCUGAUACCUAAAGAGUCUGGAUCAAAAGAAAAUUUUGAAUUCAAACCAGAAAUUUUCAAAACAGAAAAUGGCACAAACGUCUACAUCAUAAUUCAAGCCAUCAAUGAGGCCAAUCUCACUUCAGAGGUCUCCAACAUUGCACAGGCGACCAAGUUCAUUCCUCCACCUCCACAAGAACCCAGCAUUCCUGAUCUGUGCACCCAUGUCUCUGCAGUCAGUUUGACAAUUUUGGGAGUACUUGUGGUUUUAGCCAUAUUUUAA